AGAAGCUGAUUGGCGGGACCAGUAAAUAAUGGCGGAGCGUCGUAAACGGCAGUAAUGUGUUCUGUUUUCAUCAAAUGUGGAAUAAGUUAAUCAGUUUUAGGUUCUCACGGCUCUAAAAUGGCCACAUUAGUUCUGGAUAACGGAGCAUAUACGGCGAAAAUCGGCUACAGCCAGGAGAAAGUCAGCGUCAUCCCAAACUGCCAGUUCCGCUCCAAGACGUCCAGAUUAAAAACGUUCACAGCCAAUCAGCUCGAUGAGAUCAAAGAUCCCUCGGGUCUCUUUUACAUCCUGCCCUUCCAGAAGGGUUACCUGGUCAACUGGGACGUCCAGAGGAAAGUGUGGGACCAUCUGUUUGGAAAGGAGAUGUUUAAGGUGGAGUUUGUAGACACCAGCGUCAUCAUCACAGAGCCCUACUUCAACUUCUCCUCCAUUCAGGAGUCGAUGAAUGAGAUCCUGUUCGAGGAGUACCAGUUCCAGUCGGCUCUCAGGAUAAACGCGGGCUCUCUCAGCGCUCAUCACUACUUCCACUCUAAACCGUCGGAGCUCUGCUGUUUGGUGGUCGACAGCGGAUUCUCCUUCACUCACAUCGCCCCCUACUGCCGCAGCAGGAAAAUGAAGGAGGGCAUCCGCAGGAUCAACGUAGGAGGGAAACUACUGACCAAUCACCUGAAGGAGAUCAUCUCAUAUCGACAGUUACAUGUUAUGGAUGAAACUCACGUAAUCAACCAGGUGAAAGAAGAUGUCUGCUACGUCUCCCAGCAGUUUUACAAAGACAUGGAGGUCGCACAGAUGAAGGGGGAAGAAAACUCUGUGAUGAAGGAUUAUGUUCUUCCAGAUUUUAGCUCCAUCAAAAAAGGCUUCUGCAAGCCGCUGGAGGAGAUGAUCUUCAGUGGGAAGUAUAAGACGGGAGAGCAGAUCUUGAGGUUGGUCAACGAGCGUUUUGCCGUUCCCGAGAUGCUCUUCCACCCGUCAGACAUCGGCAUCCAGGAGAUGGGCAUCCCAGAGGCCAUUGUGGACUCUAUCCAGUCCCUGCCAGAAGACAUGCAGCCCCACUUCUACCAGAACAUCGUCCUGACUGGAGGAAACACUUUGUUUCCAGGCUUCAGAGAGCGAAUGGAGGCAGAGCUGCGAUCCCUCGCCCCCGCCCACCUCCCCGUCUCUGUCCUUCUGCCAACAAAUCCCAUCAGUUAUUCGUGGGAAGGAGGGAAGCUGCUGGCUCACAGUCCAGACUACGACGAGAUCGUGGUGACGCGAGAGGACUACGAAGAGAACGGACAUUGUAUUUGUGAAGAAAAGUUUGAUAUUUAAACGAACUGAGACUCUUCUGUGUCAUUGUGAACAUGAAAAACAUUUGAAUCUCCGUUCUGAUUCACGUUAAGGACAACAGUGAGAUGAAUCUUUUUUACAGACGUUAUAUUUCAUUUGUAUUUGCUGAUUGUUUUUCUGUGCGGAGGCUUCAGAGCUGCAGACACUGCAGCCUCAAACACUUCCUUUAUUUCAUUUCUGUCAAUAAAACUAAAUGAAAUUGUUA